UGUAUUUAGAUUGGUCAGCUCAAAGUUGCUAUAAAAAGGAAAGGCCGUGAUAACAGCCAGUUUUUCAGGUUGCUGCCGAGUCAAGAUGAAGCUUGCUGCCGUCCUCGUGCUCUGCGUGACCCUGUUCUGUCAGGGAAACAGCAACAGCUUGGACUCAUGUCGGGGUCGCUGUGGUUAUGGAACAGACAGCGGCUUCUCCUGCCAAUGCAACCCGUCCUGUGAACGCUACGGAGACUGUUGUUCGGACUACUAUGCAGAAUGUAAAGAUUCAGCCUUAUCCUGUAAAGGCAGAUGUAAUGAGAACUACAACUCUCAGAACGAGUGUCACUGCAAUUCCAAGUGUCCCCAGUACAACAACUGCUGCAAUGACUACACAGACCUCUGUGACAGUUCCAGUGGAGGAGGCGCUGGUACGAUCACUGAUGCUGAGCUCAAGUCUGUCUCUGAGGCUCUUUAUGCUCUGGACUCCAACAAGGCUUCAGCUUCACAGUUGUCCAUCAACCCUCAGACUCUGGUGUCUGACUCUCAGACCAGCUUAGAGAAAGAUCUCUCUUCUAUGCCCUUGUUCAGCUACGUGAACGAGAACGCUCUCUUCUCCAAGCCCACAUACGCUGCUCUGCUGGCUGUGCUGGACAACUACCACAGGAUGACUGGAACGACGGAGAACUUCAGCUCUCGGCAGCUGACUGAGCAGGAAACUUUCGUCAAAGAAACUAUGUCCAGAACUGAGGUGGGGAGAGAGUUGUUUACUUUCCUCUACACUAAAGGGGUUUAUGCAUCAGAGGAAGAGUUUCUUCAGGAUCUGAAGACAAUGUGGUUUGGUCUGUACUCCCGCAACAACGGCAAGUUGGACUCCAGCGGCUUUGAACACAUCUUUGCAGGAGAGAUCAAGGGAGGAAAGGUGUCUGGUUUCCACAACUGGAUCCAGUUUUAUCUUCUUGAGAAAAGGGGAGAGUUGAACUACUACAGCCACAGCUUCAAUGGGCCUUGGACCUCAUAUCCUGAUAUCCUGGGGAUGCAGUUCAUGUGGGAAGGCUACUUCAAGCAGGUCGGCUCUGCAGUCAUUGGUUGCAGCCCUGAAUUCGACUUUGCCAUCUACAGCUUGUGCUACAUCGCCCGGCCUGGAAAACAGUGUCGUCUGAGCCUGGCAGGAAAGGAGCUCAUUAUCCAGACCUACACGUGGGAUAACUCUAGCUAUGGUAAUGGAAAGAAGUACAUCGGCUCUGCCUUUCCUGCAACCCCCUGAAACUGAAAGUGUGCCAGUAUUUCAUUACACUUCUGAUAUAAAAAUGUUUUAAAAUAAUCAAAUUGAUUCCCAACAGAGACACUUCUCUGAGUGAGAAGUACUCCUAAAUUUGAGCACUAUUUUCAGUCAAAUAAAAUGCAUGAGAUAACAUAAAUGUA